AUGUACCAGGCUGCAGGUGAUGUUUCAUAUCCUGAAUCAAACGAAGACAGAUACUUACAUUUACGGCAAUACUAUAUUAACCAGGUCAAGGGCGAAAAGCAGAGAGCCGAAAAUGAAACAAUGUCUGGUGCCUUCAAAAGAAUAAUAAAUGAUGAGCCUUUAGAGAAAAUCGAAGGUUAUAUAUACUUUACGACAGAGAUGGCGCCAAGAAAUGCACGAACAAAUAAAGGAUGGAAAGAAGAUUUGUCAUUGCCAAAACUGUAUCAAUGUUGCAUUGCCUGGAUCAGAUUAUUGCAUUAA